AUGCACCCGUCACCUCCUCCGAAACCAACACCAAAAGCUCCAAAUAAACAAACCCCUUCUAUUCCUUUAAGAAGAGCACCGACACAACCUCUCCAACAACCUUAUCAAUCAAAUC